GUAUCUUGCGGGAAAUUGGAAUCAUUGCGUUGCAUAGUAAUGUGUAUGACUGUCCAUCGCUACAUGUGUUAAGCUAACAGUCUGACGCAACAACAGAACAUACUUUCCAUUUAAUGUUGACUGUAAAAAUAUAGUUUCGUGCAAUGGCUACAAGUGUUAUCAAUAUUAAUAGUACUUUGGAUUCUUCAUAAUUGUCACAACACUUUUCGUUGUGCUUCGCGUAUUCUUCAGGAUUAACUGGAGUAUCAGUGAACCAAAAGAUUCGGUACCCAGGUGAAUAGACCUAAAAUUACGGUGGAAUACAUUGUUUGAUUUAGAUAUAUUCUACAGUGUCAUGGGAGUAUCCUAAGUUAUGAUAGUGUUUAUCUGGAUAACUUUGUCAUUCACGCUCAUGGGCUACAUCUUCUGCGUGUUUUUGAGCAAGUGUAUGGUGAUUGAAAGAACUCAGCCUACUGUAAAAAUGCUCAUCUUCAGCAAAGAGUAUUUAAGGCCGAAAAAACGUGUGCAUGAGCCAACAGAUGCUUACUUCGAUCACACAAAGGUUACAAUUGGAAGUAGAUCUAACGAAGCUCUGCAAUCGAUAUUUGACUUACUACUUAAAGAGUACAUCGAAUUUUGGUACAGGCCGUUCACUUCAAACCCAGAUUUUAUGGUGCAGUUGAAAAUGUUUUUACAAUAUGCUUGUGCUGUAAUUGUCCAAAGAGUUAAAGAUAUCGAUCUUUCGGAGUUCAUUGUUAACCGGUUUAUCCCACAUUUCUUCGACCAUAUUGUACAUAUUUUAUCACUUACUUGUUCUGAUAAGUUAUAUACUACCGGUGUUGGUGACACACACGAGGAAACUCGGACCAUGUUGAAGGAGAAUCAUUCCCGUAAAAGCCCGUUGAAAUCUUGUUCCGAAGAAGCUGUUUUGUGUGCUUUUGGAGACCGAUUACAUGCAGCUCUGUAUUCAAGACAAGCUGAAGUAAUGUAUUUACGUGCAGUGGUCAGCCGGUUAUUACCAGUUCUCGGCAUGCCCCCCAGUCUUUCAUCAUCAGAAAUUCAUAAAUCAAAAGAGCCUUCUGUUGAUCACGGUCAUCGCUUUCGACGUAAUCGUGUUAUGCACAACUCUCCCGGACAUGCGUAUGGUAGUUCAGAGCGUAGUCGUAAAUCACCUGUUGUUUCACGGAGUGCUUCAACUAGUGCGUUAUUUUUCCAGAAGUUUAUGGAACUGGGUUGUAAUCCAUCGUUGUCUAGUUUUUUAAUAGAAAUACUAUCUACUUGUGUUUUAUUGCCUGCUAUGGACAUUUUAGCUAAUUCUGAUUUUGUCAAUCAUUUGAUUCUACUAUGUUUUCCUGAAUGUACACCUGUUGAACCAUUAAUAAAACAUGAUUGUCAACAUGUCCCAUUACUGGAAACAUAUAUUCACGACUGGGAGAGAUGGCUAUCUAAAAAGCAAUCAACAGUUAUACAUAUUGAGAAGUUAUUAAACCAACAAGAUGAACUUUAUCCAUUUAUGCAAUACAUGAAAUCAGUUAAAUCUAUUGAACCUUUAACAAUUUUAUUGUUAAUGUAUCAAAUUAAUUCACGUGUCUUAAAAUCUAUGCCAUCAUCAGAUGCUUGUCAUGAAAUUAGUGCACAAUUACAUCAUAUUUUAAGUAUAUUAAAUGGUCAAAUGUUUAAUGAUAAUAACAAUGGGGAUGAUGUUGACAUUGAUCAUCAGCAUCAGCAGCAUCAUGAUGAUGAUGAUGAUGAUCAUCAUUCUAUUUAUCAAAUAUCUAAAAUGAUUACACAUAAUCAAUCCACUAAAACCUUACCUACAAUAAAUGGUAGACGUUUACAAUUUUUCAAUGUAUCUAAUGAAUUUGAAGAAUUAUUAAAAGUUUGUUUAAAGUAUUGUUCACCGGAGACAAUUAAUCAACUUGUUAAUACACCACAAUGGAAAGAAACCUAUCAGUCAGUUUGUAAGGCAGUUGAAUUACGAUUUAUACCAAUGUAUUUGGAAAGCCCGGAGUACAUAAAAUAUUCAUUUGGUUUUUCACAUUUUUCAACUUCAGUAUCAUCAUUAAAUAAGAUUGGAGUCAGGUCUCCAAAACGCGAUAUUCGACGUUUAUCACAAAAUGUAGGAACAAGUCAACCACAAACUGGUCUAUUUGGAAAUGCUUUAAUGAAUGUAUUUAGUAGUCAAUAUACUGAUGGACAAUUUUUCGGAAAUCUGGACUCAUCCAAACUCUCAGUUUCAUCAAUGCGUCGUAAUCAAAAAGAUCGGUUUGGUAAUAUUCUCAAUGAUCAAACUAAUCGAUCUAAUCGAUAUUAUACUAAUACUGGCACUACUACUACUACUGCUGUCAACGACGAAUUACUUACAAAUCAACAUGUCAUCGGUAUAAAACAUUUACCGGAAACAACACAACAAUUAGAUUUAUCUCAAUGUAAUGUAUAUAUACGUGGUUUAUCACGUCCUGAAGUUGUAUCUCAAUCGAAUAAUCGUCAUCCAUUAGGUUUAAUCACUACAUCCACCAUUAACCCACUUGUAUUAUCAUCAACAACAACACUUGGAAUAACGAAUUUACAUUCUAAUCAAACUAAUCACUUACCAGCAUCAAUGAAUAGGAAUAUUUUAUCGAAUAAUAUUAAUAAUAAUAAUAUGACAACUCCAAUUUCAUCAUCUACAACAGCUGUACGUGAUAUAAGCUAUCGAAAUAAAAUAUCAAAUGAAUUAAAUAAUUUAAUUAAUCCAUCUAUAUAUAAUAAUUCAUUCGUUUCAUCAUCAUUACCACAACUUUCAACACAGUUUAUGUUCAAUGUUAUUACUGAAAUUGUUAUCAAUGGAGUACGUAGACAAGUGGCUAAAGUAACAAGAAAAUAUUCUGAAUUCUAUGUACUUGAACAAAAAUUAAUUGAAUUUCAUGGUACAUUAAUAAUCAAACAAUUACCAAAACGUCAAUUAACCCCACGUACAAUGGAAUUUCUUGAAAGUAAAUGUGAUAUAUUUCAAAGUUAUUUACAGUAUUUGAUUGCUCAACCAUUCCUUCGUAAUAGCAAAUUAUUAUACAGCUUUUUAACAUCAAAUGAGCCAUUCAAUACAAAUAUAUUUGAAUUGAAUUUAGGACGUUUGGUGAAAUCGGUUCCGUUAAAAUUAACCAAAGAGAAGGGUCAAUUCUUAGACAAUUUCCUAUCGGCUUACUUUUCAUCAUGUCAUCCACAACCUAUAGAAAGUGAUCUCAAUAAUUUGGAAAUGAUUAAAUUAAAAUCUUCAUCCAUUCAUUCUACAACUGAAACUGGUAGUUAUUCUACUUCUUUUAACCCAUUAUUAAAUACUACUAAUAAUCAUAUAAGUAGUACUAAUAACGUUAUUGAUGAUACUACUUUUCAUUUUUCAACAACUUCAUCAACUAAUGUACUACAGGAUAGAAAUCUUAUACAUAAAUCAAAUUAUAAUAAUUUUAAAGUGGAUACAUAUCCUGUAGAGAAACAUAUUGAUUAUUAUAGUCGUUAUGUAUUAAAUUCACCGCAACAUAAACAUCAAAGUCGUACAAGUUUAGAUCAUCGUCUACGUUCACGUAUCUAUUGGAAUAAUGCGGGAUUAACGUAUGAAAAACAAAAGGAUACAAUAAAUCAGUCAUCUAACUUAUCAACAGUUCAUUUAACAAGUUUAUCUGAAAUCAUUUUAUAUUUUUUGGACAAAAUUAUCACAUUAUUAUCAACAUCAUAUUUUUCAAAUGAUAAGAAAUUCUCUCUUCAUUCAAAUCAUUCACAAUUAUCAUCUCAUGUUGAAAUGAUAUCAUCAUCAUCAUCAACAACAACAGCCGCCGCCGCCACAUCAUUUUCAUCUAUUCAAAGAAUGAAUUCAUUACAAGAAAUCAAUAUAGAUAAUAUAAAAUCAUCAAUUGAUCCUUGGGAUAUUACUAAUCCAUAUUGGAAUGAAGCAUUUUUAAAUGGUCCAUCUUUAUCAAAUGUAAUGACUACUUCUUCCCCUCCUCCUCCUCCUCCUUCUCCAUCUUCUACUACUACUACUACUACUACUACCACUACUACUAAUACGAAUCAUAUUCCUUCAAGAAGUCAUCAGUCGUCGUCGUCAUCCUCCUCAUCAUCGGAAACUAGACUAGAUCCUAUUCAAUCACAUUAUAUAUCAAUAAUAUCUAUUAAUUUCAAUGAUAUUUAUGAUGCUAUUUAUGAAUUCUAUUUAUUUAUUAUAAAACAAUGUCAAUUCUAUUUCUAUUAUUUAAUUUAUAAAAUAAUUAUGAUUUUAUUUAUUUAUUUUAAAUCAUCUAUUAAUUAUUGGUUAAUGAAUUAUUUUAUACAAUCUAUUUAUGAAAUAUUUUCUGAUGAGAAUUUUGCACAUAUAUUAAAUAAUAUUAAAACAAGUAUAUUCUUUCAUUCUUCUAAAAAAACUGAUAUGGAUAAGUCAGAACGUAAAGAAAAAGCACGUAUUGCAAUUGAAAAAGCUAUUCUAAGUAAGUAUUUACAUUAUAUUGAGUAUUGCAUGUUUUUUUCUUUGUGUAAUUUUGUUAAGAAAAUUGUAAUGACCAUGUGGCUUAUUACUUUCAUUUUAAUUGAGAAACCAGUACAAUUCCUGUGUUGCGCGAAAUAACAACACAAGUAAAGAUUUAUUAAGACAUUGUGUUCUGGUUAGUGUUUUUUUUAGCGAGUUAGUUUUCUACGGGAUGGGGUCGCUAACCCCAUGCCCAACCCUCCUCCUUUACCCGGGCUUGGGACCGGCAAUAACUCUAGAAGAGCUGCAGGUGGAGUUAAGACAUUGUAUUAGAUCAAACAUUCUCUGAUGUUCAAAUUGACGUAUAGAUUCAGUUUAGGGUUAUUAGAUGUGGCUGACUGAAUCAACUGACAUUAAAGAUUAGCGAUGUGUUGUGUUUUAAGUUACUACUUAUCUCUUUCUCUCCCUCCUAAUGUUCCAUCUUGAUAUCAUGCACGCUACUAAAACAGCAUCAAACCGAUUAGUGAAUAACAAAUUUGUAUAUUUUAAUUUAAUGCUAAAUAGUUGAAAAUGUUAGACUAGGAUAUAUAUGGACCCUAUGUAGUUCUCAUGCUUUUUUCACACUUAUUAUCAAGGUGUCAUUAUUUACAACCUUAAGAUAAAUGAUGUUUCUUGUAGUAUGGGAACAUGUGUCUACCAGAAGUCGUAUUCUCUGUAAGUCAUAACCCAUAAGCUAUUCAACUCUAUAGAUUAUCAAUACACAUCAAUUGAAAUCGUUCGUAUUUUUAAGUACAAUCACUAUUUUAUCUAUCUCUUAGUUAUACAUACCGCUAUUAUUGUUGUUUCGAUUUGAUCGUUUCCUAUUGUGAUAUUCUCGUUAUACUCAUAUAACAUGCUAUAUCACUUAUCCUUCCUAUGUUUUACCGUUGGUUAAAACUAAAUAACCGAUUGACUAUUAAAAUUCUAUGACAUUUCUCAACUUAGUGUAACAUGGUGCCUUUCUAGUUUAUUUGUUGAAACAAUUAUCGAAUGUACCCGUAACCUAGAAGUAGUUAAUUCAGGCUUGGGAAUUAAUUGAAGUUAGAAAUGUAAACCGUUGGAUCCUAGCUCAAUAUACUGAAAGAUUACUCGCUCCUUGUGAAGCCUAAUAGCUACUGGGUUCAGUCCGUCAUUGAGUAGUACGUACACACGACUGAUGAAUUCCAUACUACAGCUGUAUAACUGUCUAGUUGUUCCUGGUUUCCAUUGUUCCUGUAAGUAAAUUCGGUUUGUAAUGUGAAAUUAGAAAAUUCAGUAAUUCUCACAAUCCCCUCCAUUAUAACUGCCAUUAUUGCCGCCAAACAUCCUAUCUCGGCCGACAAUCUGCUGUUCUUCUCGAAAUACUUUCACAUGGCUAUACAUAUACAUCCGCUGUUAGGUAAGUCUUAAUUACUAUUGAGAGGACGAGAAGCAAAUGUCCGGCGCAUAAACCAGGUUGAUGGAUGUAGAGGAUCAACCUAGGGUGGUUGGAAAACCCAUGGGUCCCAGAAUCCUAAGGAAGCAAAUGGCGUAUGAGCCUGAUAUUGGUCAGUGGUUACCAUGGGACUGCAUCUCUUAACGUUGCUCCACUGCCUUGUGGAUCAAACCUCUAGGUGGAAAACUCGGAGUUUGACCCCCUUAAAAGAAUCCUCUGUUGCGCACCCGAGCAGCAUUCCAUCCCUCACACAAAUCAUCAAAUGAUUUCUGUUGUACUAUUAUAUUCAAUGUUCAAAUAAACAACCCCUAUUAUUAUAUGUGAU